UUGGCAAAUCCCGUAGGCAGAAAGGAAAUGAGCCUAACUGCCUCUACCGCAAAGUCGAUCGUCUCGACACCUUUUUCGAUUAACGACAUCCUCACCAGAAGCCGGCGGGUCGAGCGUCACAGCUCGGGUGAAUCGUCUGGCAACGAGGACGACAUGAAGUCGUACUACCCUUCUCGCCAUCAUCAUCACAGUCAUUACCAUCAUGCUCAGCACACUCGGCAUCAGCAUCAACGACGAGGAGCUAGUGGUAUAGAGUCCUCACCAAGUCCUCGAUUGGCCGUAGAAGAAGGAUUGUACGCCAAAAUUGGUCUGAGCUAUUACAAUAACAAUAAUAAUAAUCGGAGUAAUGACAACGGAAUAGCGACGCCAUUUUCCAUAAACGGAUUGCCAACUGCCUUACGUCGUGGAUCGCUCGAUUGUUUCAUGGUGUCAUCGGACAAUGAUCGUGAUAGUGGACAAGAAGUUACGUCACGGCAAGACUCCAGCUCACAGAUGCAAGAUUGUGAUGCAGGACCUACGGAGCGUAUUGCCAGCAUGCUGCUGGAAGGAUCGACUCGAGGAUCCGGAUCAGUGGCUUCUUGCUAUCGGCUUGCAAAAACACCUCAUCAUCGCAGUGAAAGUCCCAUCGAUAUGCGGCGUUUAACGGAAAAUGAUUCGGACUGUGACUCAUCAUCACCGUACACCAGUGGAUUGGGGAUGCACACUUCCCAACAAACACCGAUGCUACCCAACGAAGAGAUUCCGUCCGCGAGGAAGAAACGAUCCCGGGCCGCAUUCAGUCACGCUCAAGUGUUUGAACUGGAGCGUCGCUUUGCCCAACAACGAUACCUGUCUGGGCCGGAACGUUCCGAGCUGGCCAAAAACUUACGCCUCACUGAGACUCAGGUCAAGAUCUGGUUUCAGAACCGGCGCUACAAAACGAAAAGGAAACAGAUCCAGCAACACGAGGCCGCACUGCUGAGCGCAACGAAACGUGUUCCGGUGCAGGUGUUGGUGCGAGAGGACGGCUCUUACGGACCAAUGUUGGCCGCUGGGCAACCCCAUUACGCUACCGGACUUGAUCCGGCCUUGCUGAACGUUUAUCGACACCAGAUACAGAUGGCGUACGGUAUGCCGGGGAUUCCUCCGAUGCCAUUUUCCUACUUCUAUCCGUCGAAGAUGGCUACCGUACCGAGUGGACCAAUUGCUCCUUCCGUUGUUCUACCGACACCUUCCUCAUCCUCAUCUACCUCGUCCGUUUCCUGUAAACCACCGUCCACUACCCAUCAUGGGCCGCUGGCUUCAUCCGGACCGCUCAACUUUUCCACGCGCUGUGAUAGCGAUUCUGAAAUUGUCAACUCCGCCAGUCAACGGUCACGGUCGCCCUCGGAGCAUUCGGGACCGGGUUCGGAUGGAACGCGCCCUCGCAGUCAGAUGGAUGUGGAAACGAGUGGCCAUUGUAGUGUACUUUCGUCUGGAGGCGAAGAAGACGAAUGCGAAAAUGUGGAGAUCGAUUAG